UGUCUCCGUCAACACAACAAUGGCGGAUGCCGUGGAGGAAGCUCUUCGGGGCAGCUGGGACCAGGAUCUCAUUGACGCUCUUGACUCUGGUGGCUCAGACAUGGAGAUGGAGAGGGGCACCAUCCAGGUCCAGGAGCAGUCAGCUGAACACCGGGCCAAGAUGUGGAAGAUUGCUCUCAAUGUCUCCGGAAAAGGCGACAGCCUGGCUUCCUGGGACGGUGUCCUUGAUUUACCAGAACAGAAGCUCAUUCAUAACCGGAGUCAGCAGCUGAUCGACCAGCUGGCAGUGUCAGAGGACGAGAGGAGUGAAAUGGUGUCCGACGUUGAGUCUGUCAUCACUUUCUACUGCAAGUCGCGUAACAUCACUUUCAGUCCUGAGCUCAGCUGGCCGCACCUGCUCAAACCGCUGCUGGGGCUUCAUCUACCCCGGAGCGACCUCUACAACUGCUUCUAUGCUAUCAUGAACAAAUACAUCCCUCGCGACUGUGUGCCCAAAGGCCGGCCCUUCCACCUGUACAGACUACUGCUGCAGUAUCACGAGCCGGAGCUGUGCUCGUUCUUGGACACCAAAAAGAUCACACCAGACUCGUAUGCCAUCAACUGGCUGGGUAGUCUGUUUUCAAGCCACUGCCUUCCUGAAGUUACCCAGACAUUGUGGGACUCGUACCUCCAGCAGGCGGACCCUUUUCUCAUCUUCUUUCUCAUGCUUAUCAUCCUCGUCAAUGCCAAAGAGACCAUACUUACACAAGAGGGAGAAAGCAAAGAGGACAUUAUCAAAAUGCUGGAAGCGUCUCCUUCUCUCCUGGAGUCCGAGGACAUUGAAGACUUGUUUUCACUGGCCCAGUAUUACCAGAGCAAAACCCCUCUGUCGCUCAGAAAGAUGAAUCAGAAUCUGUUUGGUAGCAGUUUGGUGGCGCUCAAAGAGGAGGACACUGACCUCAGUCAGGCGUUGUGCCUCCCUGUGUCUGUCCCUGAAAUCCUGCAGGCAAACCAGCUGCAGCAGGAUGGGGUACGUUUCUUCGUGGUGGAUUGCCGGCCUGCAGAGCAGUACAAUGCUGGCCAUCUGUCCACAGCCUUCCACCUGGACUCAGACCUGAUGCUCCAGAACCCAUCUGAGUUUGCACUCUCUGUGAAGUCCCUCUUGGAGACACAGAAGCAGUCUUUAGAGUCGGGUUCCAUCGCCAGCGGAGAGCAUCUGUGCUUCAUGGGCAGCGGGAGAGAAGAGGAAGACAUGUACAUGAACAUGGUGUUGGCACAUUUCCUGCAGAAAAACAAAGAGUAUGUCAGCAUCGCAAAAGGAGGUUUUAUGGCUCUUCAGAAGCACCUGGUAGACAUGAACGUCGAGGGGCUCGACUCCUCGUACGUCCACUGGAUCGUCAGCACAUCUGGAUCUCACAGCAGCCUCAGCUCAGCUGAUGGAGAGUCUCUGAGCGGCCCUGGAGACAGCAAAGGUGUGAAGUCCCUGGUCAACAAAAUGACAUUUGCUCUCAAGUCCAAGUCGGUCAAUGUGAAGGAGAAGAUGAUCAGCUUCAUUGAGAAUACCUCUGCCCCCGUCGACAGAAUAUCUUUCAAUCUACCCUGGCCAGAGAAGGUGAUUCCAGAUCGGCAUGUGAGCAGCAGCGACCGCGUCGGCAAACCUUACCGGGGAGUGAAGCCUGUGUUCAGUAUUGCUGAUGAAGAAGAGUACGAUACAGAUGAGAUAGACAGUUCCUCCAUAUCUGAUGAUGACCGGAAGGAGAUCGUCAACAUUCAGACCUGGAUAAACAAACCUGAUGUAAAACAUCAUAUUCCAUGUAACGAGGUGAAAGAAACAGGUCACAUGUUCCCCAGUCACUUGCUGAUCACAGCCACUCACAUGUACUGCCUGAGGGAGAUCGCCACAAGGAAGGGCUUUGCUUACAUCCAGUCCAGACAAGCGCUGAACUCAGUGGUGAAGAUCACAUCCAAAAAGAAGCACCCAGAGCUGAUCACGUUCAAGUUUGGCACCAACAAUUCAGCUGGGGUGGAGAUUUCAGCGGUUGAGAGGUAUUUGAUUCCCAAUGCGGGCGAUGCCACGAAGGUCAUCAAGCAGCAGAUCAUGAAAGUCCUGGAUGCCCUGGAGAGCUCAUAAAUGGUGGUGGUGAGCUCGUUUUGGGAGAUUAAUAUAAACUGUAGGAAGAGGCUCCGUCGGUGAAACCUCCUCCUACUCUCCCUCCUGGACAGAUCCCAGUGCAGUGUUGACUGUGAAGCCCCGUGCGUCUGUCUUUGGGACAUGUGGGCACACUGCUGACUGCAGACCUGUGAGCCAGGCUGCGAGUGUUGAAAUAUUUAGGUGCUCCGCUGUCAUCCAACCAUUAUAUUAUACUUAUUUAAAAAGAAA